AACUGACUGAGCCACCCAGGUGCCCUUCUGUUGUAGUCCUUAAGAUGGUAAAUUCUAGAUCACACACCGCAGGUGUUUGUUUGUUUGUUUGUUUGUCCCUGGCAGGAUGGAGGGUUUGGUGUUUUAUGAUAAUAAGGCAAAGAAUGCAUUUGGACUUGAGCAGCAGAACUCAUGUGAUUGGUAACCCCGGAGUCCUCUCAGAGCCAGAUUUCACUAUCGGCGGGGCAUCGGGCUGCAGGCCUGGCCCAUUUCUCAGGGUACCUCGUGUUCUAGAAUUGUGCAUGAGAUUGUUUUUUUCCCCUUUUUAUCCUGCCUGCCUGUUCACAUUUAAUUUGUUCUUAGCCGUGUGCAAUGGAUUAACAUUUCAUCAGGUUGGAUUAAGAUUGAAUUGACAUUAAAGCAGUCUUUUCCUAUUUUCCUUCUGUCACUUUUAGGCGAUCCGAGGCGGGGGGUGUGGGGGUGCUCAUCCCAAAAGUGCCCUGGUGAGGACGAAGGAGAUAAGCCAGGGCUUCAGUGUGAAAAUAAUUCCCAGUCGUGGGUCGGGAGGCCUGGCUGGAGCCCUCAGCCCUCCUCCUCCGUCUAACGAGAUGUCACAUGGAACAAAAGCUUUAGGGGUUUUAUUUAGCUCCUAAUCCCCACGCUGAGAGAGCCGAGGUCCAUGUGAGCUCGCCCGCCGGGAGGAAGGGGGGCCGGCGAGCUGGGCGCAGCCUCGUCCCCGGGACUCUGGUGCUGCAGCUGGGGAGUGAGGCGAAGUUACCGUGAGUGUUGUGUUUUGCCUACUAAGGUUUCGGAGGAUUAAUAAUUUAGGCCGUACUUUGAAACAGAAAACCCCCAGUUGGUCUUUCCUGCCGUCCGGGAAGGGUUCGGAUGCAGCAGGCCCGCCGUGAUGUGUGUCACUGAAGAUUCGUAGAGACCGGCCGCCUCCCCCGCCUCGGCCGCCGCCGUCCCUCCUUCCCGAUGCCGGUCCCCAGCCGGCAGGUCCCCAUCGGCCGAUCCCAGAGCUGGGAUGCUGCCGGGUGGUACGAGGGCCCCUGGGAGGUGGCCGAGGCCCCGGCGAGGAGCAGCUCCGUGGCGGACGGCGGCACGGCGGGACCGUGGUACGAGCCCCAGGGCGCAGGCGAGCCCUUCCUCUACCGGGAGGCCUUCUUCAACUCUGUGGCUGGCAGCAAGAGCCCCGUCGCCGACUUCGCCUUUUACGACAGCAGACAGGCGCUGAUGUCUGGCCGGGGCGCCCUGCUGCCGCGGGAUUACUACGGCGACGCGGCCGCCCGGGUGCCCAAGGAGGCUCGCCACCCGCGGGACCCGGGACUCAGCCGGUCGCUGCCUGGUUACGGCGUGACCGGCGGCAGGCUGACAUGGGAUCAGGUGCAAGGCCGGGUCCCCGCCCUGCAGGAUGCCGGGCACCUGUACCGGGACCCCGCGGGUAAAGGCGUGGCUCAGGGGCAGCGGACGCAGAGCCGGGCCCCGUCGCCCACGCACUGUGCGGGGGAACUGCUCGAUGGCAGGUUCUCGGCCCAGGCCCCCGCCUACCCCGCCAGCCAGAUCUACAACGACGUCGCCGAGAGGCCUGUGGAUUCCGCCCUCUCCAGGCAGGCGGCCCCCACCUGCCUGGUCGUGGACCCCAGCACGGCCGCGGCGCCGGACGGCGGCCCGGGGGUGGCCCCGGGAGCCCUGAACCGAGGCUACGGGCCUGCCCGGGAAAGCGUCUCCGGGCUGGUUUACGAGAACUGCGAGGCGGUCCUGCCAUCCUUCCAGGGCCCCAGCGGCAGGAGGAGCGCGCUCCCUGAGUUCCUGGCCCUCCUGCGGGCCGAGGGGGUGGCGGAGGCCACCCUGGUGGCCCUGCUGCAGCAGGGCUUUGACUCUCCGGCCGUCCUGGCCACCAUGGAGGACGCGGACAUCAAGUGCGUCGCGCCCAACCUGGGCCAGGCCCGCGUGCUGAGCCGCCUGGCCGCCGGCUGCAGGACCGAGAUGCACCUGCGGAGGCAGGGCCGGGUGGGCCCCCUCCCCCGGGUGCGCUCCAGCAGCUUCAGCCACCGAAGCGAGCUCCACGGGGACUUGUCUUCUCUGGGCGCCGCGGCCUCGCAGCCCCAGCCCGUGGGUCCCCUGCAGGCGGCAUCUCCCCGAGCAGGAGACCCGGCCCGCCGCCCCUCCAGCGCGCCAUCAUCCCAGCACCUCCUGGAGACGGCGGCCACCUACUCUGCCCCCGGGGUGGGCGCCCAAGCGCCCCCCUUCCCCUCCAACUCUGGGUACGGCUCACCCACCCCCUGCGCCCUGACAGCACGGCCGGGCCCCACGUGCCCCCCACAGGCCGGGGUGGCCUUAACUUACCCGGGCCCGGCCCCUCCCCUUCACCCAGGCCCCAGAACGGCCUACUCCACGGCAUACACGGUGCCCAUGGAGCUGCUCAAGAGGGAACGCACUGGGGCCGCGUCUCCCCUGCCCACCCCCCAUGGCAGCCCCCAGCUCUUGCGGAAGCCCGGUGUCCCCGUGGAACCGUCCACCCUGCCGCCAGCCGGCCAGAGCCUCCACACGCCUCACUCGCCCUACCAGAAGGUGGCCCGGCGGACGGGCGCCCCCAUCAUCGUCUCCACCAUGCUCGCUCCAGAACCAAGCAUCCGCCCCCAGAUCAUGAACGGCCCCCUGCACCCCCGCCCCCUGGUGGCGCUGCUCGACGGGAGAGACUGCACCGUGGAGAUGCCCAUCCUGAAGGACCUGGCCACCGUGGCCUUCUGUGAUGCACAGUCCACUCAGGAGAUCCACGAGAAGGUAUUAAACGAAGCUGUUGGCGCCAUGAUGUACCAUACCAUCACCCUCACCAGGGAGGACCUGGAGAAGUUCAAGGCCCUGAGGGUGAUCGUGCGGAUAGGCAGCGGCUACGACAACGUUGACAUCAAGGCUGCCGGUGAGCUCGGGAUCGCCGUGUGCAACAUCCCGUCCGCGGCGGUGGAAGAGACGGCCGACUCGACCAUCUGCCACAUCCUCAACCUGUACCGGAGGAACACGUGGCUGUACCAGGCGCUGCGGGAAGGCACGCGGGUCCAGAGCGUCGAGCAGAUCCGGGAGGUGGCCUCGGGAGCAGCCCGCAUCCGCGGGGAGACGCUGGGCCUCAUAGGCUUCGGUCGCACGGGGCAGGCGGUUGCUGUUCGAGCCAAGGCCUUCGGAUUCAGCGUCCUAUUUUAUGACCCCUACUUGCAGGAUGGGAUAGAGCGGUCCCUGGGCGUACAGAGGGUCUACACCCUGCAGGACUUACUGUACCAGAGCGACUGUGUCUCCUUGCACUGUAAUCUCAACGAACAUAACCACCACCUCAUCAAUGACUUUACUAUAAAGCAGAUGAGGCAAGGAGCUUUCCUAGUGAACGCGGCCCGCGGCGGGCUGGUGGACGAGAAGGCCUUAGCGCAAGCCCUCAAGGAAGGCAGGAUACGAGGGGCAGCCCUCGACGUGCACGAAUCGGAGCCUUUCAGCUUUGCUCAGGGUCCCUUGAAAGAUGCACCGAAUCUCAUUUGUACGCCCCACACAGCUUGGUAUAGUGAGCAAGCCUCACUGGAGAUGCGGGAGGCAGCCGCCACCGAGAUCCGCCGGGCCAUCACAGGUCGCAUCCCCGAAAGCUUAAGAAACUGUGUGAACAAGGAAUUCUUUGUCACAACAGCUCCCUGGUCAGUAAUAGAUCAGCAAGCCAUUCAUCCGGAGCUCAACGGCGCCACAUACAGAUACCCGCCAGGCAUCGUGGGCGUGGCUCCCGGAGGACUUCCUGCGGCCAUGGAAGGGAUCAUCCCCGGAGGCAUCCCGGUGACUCACAAUCUCCCCACCGUGGCACACCCUUCCCAAGCUCCCUCUCCCAACCAGCCUACAAAACACGGGGACAAUAGAGAGCACCCCAAUGAGCAAUAGCAGAGAGUGACGAACGGUCAUCCUUCAGAUAAACCUGGGACCAAGAGACAGUGACAAAUAGAUGAACUAAGGAAAAGGAAUCCGACCGUCUUUUUAACCGAUUCCGGACACACGCCUCACUGAUGUCGCAGUGUUACGUACGAGCUAGACGCCGAGACGCGGAGAAGCAGAAGCAGAAGCUGUCGUCUGGUUACGGAGGCGCUGAAAAGACUAGGACGCGAUUUAUUAACGACCAACUUCUGUUAUUGUGUGUUACGUUCUUCAUCUGUGCAUCAAAUCACAAAGAAUAAAUAGAUCUUUUUCCUUUAUCAGCCCCUUGGGCACAGCAGGUCCUCAACACCUUGCUCUAGAAUGUUGCAUCUGAAGUUCCAAACGUCAAAAUAAAAAAUGCUAAGAGGAAGUCCCCCUCCUAUGACUCUAGUCCCUUCGGUCCGUGGGGGCUGGUGACCUCUUUUGCUAGUAGGAAGAUUCAGUUACUACAAGAUGGGGAGGAGACUGUUGGCCUGUGUCACACAACCACAAGCACAGGAUCGAGGACCAUACAGCCUCCUGUACAGAAGCCUCUCUCCCAUCUGAACUGCAUACUGAGUGGGCGAGUUGGUUGUGAAGUCAGUAAUACCCUCUGAUGAUGCAAAAAAAAAAAAAAAAAAAAAAAAAAAAA